GUCCCCAGCUGGAUCUUACCGUGUUAUAAUCACGCAUUAGUUCAUUCCUUUCCGAUUUUUGAGUGUUAGCUUGUACAUAUCUAGUGAUAUAUUCUACGCGCGCGGUCCAACCUUUCCUUGUGCCAUAGUGAAGUGUCUUUUUUAUAGACGAUUUCCGUUUGUUUUAUUUACAAAAGUGAUAGUGUUGAGUAGUUAAUUCGUUAGAUUUUCUAAAGUUCUGAUUAUGAUUCGAUCGUUUACGAAGGGCUACAUUUAACUAAGAGUCACUGUUGAUUUAAUAGUCUGUGAUAUUUGUGCUACUUGUAUACUGUGAAUUUAUUUUAUACUUCGAACCUACAGCGGACAAGAUCAUGUCGCUUCUAAGUGUAACAGUCAAGAAAGCUCGCUAUUUCGGGGCACAAGCCGCACAGAAUGACUCGUACGUCACGCUCAAGCUGCAGAAUGUCAAGUCAACGACGGUAACAGUAAAAGGGGCCAAUCCGUGCUGGGAACAAGACUUCCUCUUUGAGACGAACGAUGUAAACACAGGGCUGCUGAUCGAGGUUUGGAGUAAAGGGAUGAUCUGGGACCGAGCCCUUGGCUACCACUUCCUACCUCUGCCUUCCGUCCACUACUCCAGUGAGGAGGGUCCAGGAGAGUGGGUGUCACUGGACGCCGAGCUUGUGAUGAUGGAGGGCGAGGUAGUGGGUACCAAGAACCCCACGGGCCAUUCCCUCCUGGUAGACUGCAGGUUCGAACUACCCUUCGGACGCUAUGAUCCACCUACAGGAUGGAGAGAUCUAUUGGGCGUAUGUGGCCCGAUUUCGCAGAGAAACUCAAGAGAUCCGGAGAACACUGAAGCAGCAGAUUUGCAGAGGAAACUAGAGUACUUGAACAGUAUUGUUGACCAGGAACAGCGGGCGGAACAGGCACGCCGACAGAUGCAGUACUUCGGACAUUCUGGUUAUUCGGAAGAUAGUGACUACACUAGUGACCUGAACUAUCCAGUGGGCCAGCAUGCUAACAGCUCGGCCAGCCAGUUUCGCAGCACUGCACACCAGAUGAGCACGCCACAGCGUUCCUUGGAGACCAGCCGAGAGAACUCUUACGAGACUGACGAACCUCCUAGCCAGCCUCCUCCUGUACACCAUGGCCACCACCUUGCUCCUGGUCCCCAGCAUCCGUCAAGAAGAAGAACGCAAAGAGGGGAAGACUUGUACAACACUUACUCUGGAGACGGCUCUAGGAACUAUAAUGACCACGAGGAUCCGCUUUCGUACAACAGUAGGCCGCGGAACUACAAAGAGCCUUCGAGGAGGAGAAAGAAAACUUGGGAUUAUGAAGACAGUCAGACAACAUGGUAUGAAGACGGGUACACGGAGAGCUUUGAGACCCCGGAAAACACAAGAAUCUACCCUCCUCAGCAAUACAACACCCCUGUCACAAGAGCCACUCCCAACAAGCGCAACAAAGGUCCCAACACAAACAGAAGACCCAGCCUGGAACGCCAGACAACUCUGUAUGAUGAUCCUUACAAUUCAUACGAGGAAAAGUACUACGAUGCAGAUGCAUAUCCUCAGACUGACAGCACAAGUUACAACCAGGGGCAAAAUUACAACCAAGACUACUACAAUUCUACAAACUACGGCUACCAGGAUGAUAGCAGAUAUGGUCAAGAAGAAGAGGAUCGGCAAUGGGACUCGGGGGGAGGGGGUGGGGGACAGGGGCAGGACUAUUACUAUAGCAACUACUACCGUCAAAAUAGAUAUGAAAACAAGAUCAACCGAUCGCGAACGAAAAGAAGUUCCAGUAACCGAGAAUUGACCAGAGGGUUCUCCGAGUCUAUGGAUGAUGAUGUUUACUAUUCCACCCAACAAAGCUAUGAAGAUGAAAACUACCAAGUGAGAAAUGACUUUAGUGGUAGCACAGCUCGAAGAAAACAGUUCAACAGCAGCAGAUCUCAGUCGAUGAGUCAACAAAUCAAUGACGAUUACGAUCCGGACUUCCCUCCGCCUAGAAGUAGAAAUAAACCUAAAAAGCUUCCACAGAUUCCAGUGAAAAUAAAACCUUCUCCCUCUUUGCCACCUACUCCAGUCAAAACGCAACAACACAAACCUGCAAAAAGAACAGGAUCUUUAGAAUACCAAGAACCUCAAGAAGAAGUUAACUAUUACCAAGAUACGCGCAACAAACAAAUUGACUACAAUGAAGACUACAACUAUGCAUAUCAGAGCACAGAUAAUCUAAUACCUACUCAACCGGAGGUCAUCAUACCUUCAAACCAAUACAAAGAUACGGUAACUAGUAGAGUAACAAAUCAACAAGCGUAUCAAGAUGCGUAUCAAGAUACCAAUCAACAAGUAUAUGAAAGGAAUAAUCAGCAAAGUUAUCAAGCAAUUAAUCAACAAGGAUAUCAAACCAACCAACAAGCUUACUCAACACAGAAUCAACAGGGCUAUCAAACCACUAAUCAACAGAACUACCAAACAACAGAUCAACAAGCUUAUCCAACUAUAAAUCAGCAAGGUUAUCAAGAACCUACAUACAACUAUUAUGGAGAAAAACCUCCAACGGUCCAAGUACAAAGGCCUGAAGAAGAUCAGCAGACUCUGAGCAGGAGAGACACGCUGAAGAAGCAGUUUCAAGGUAGGCAGAGACUGGAGAGUCCAAGAAUAUUCCAACAAAAUACAGACUCACUGGAAUCUAAAGAUGACGAUCUCAGGGAUUCCUUUGAAACUGCAAUGUCUUCCGUUAGCGCUCAGGGACACCAGAGCUUUAAUAGUGAAUACACACCCGUGCCUGAACCCAACACAAUGACUGAUAAACUCGAUAGGUACAAUAACGUCUCGCGCAAGAAAACGAUAGAUAUUCCAAUUCAAUACAAGAAAAAGAUAUAUUGA